AUGUCAAAACUCACCAUCAACACGAAGUACCGCAUGCCAUCAGGGCAUGAGAUCCCCGCCCUUGGAUACGGAGUAUACCAGACACCAGCAGCGAUAGCAUCCGAGGUAGUGCAACACGCACUCUCAGUCGGAUAUCGCCAUGUCGACUCCGCAGUUGCAUACCGUAACGAGACACCAUCCGUAGAGGGAAUGAAUGCGUCCAAAAUACCACGAGAAGAUCUAUUUUUCACCACGAAGAUUCCCCCCAAGCAGUUGAGCUACGAGGGCGCGAAACAGCAUAUCGCGAAUACGUUUGAAAUCACGGGACUGGACUACGUGGAUCUUUAUCUGAUUCAUGCGCCGUAUGGUGGCAAAGAGGCGCGGAUUGGUGCGUGGAAGGCGCUUGUUGAGGGCGUUGAAGCGGGGAAGAUUCGAUCUAUCGGGGUGUCAAACUAUGGUGUUCAUCAUCUCGAUGAGCUGGAAGCGUGGAUCAAGUCGACGGAUGAGAAAGAGGGAGAGGGAAAGGGAGGCGUGCUGAGCGUGAAUCAAGUCGAGUUGCACCCGUGGCUCGCUAGGGAUGAUAUUGUGGAGUGGUGCAACAAGCGGGGUGUCAUACUGGAGGCAUACUGUCCGCUUGUACGAGCGACUAAGAGCGAAGAUCCUUUAUUACUGCCAUUAGCGAAGAAGUAUGGGAAGACGACAGCUCAGAUCUUGCUACGGUGGGGUUUGCAAAAGGGGUUCGUCAUUCUCCCUAAGUCGGUCACGAAAUCACGCAUCGAGGAAAAUGCUCAACUCUACGACUUCGAACUUUCUGAUGAGGAGAUGAAGCAACUACAUACCGGGGUAUAUGAACCUUGUGCCUGGGACCCUACCGUGAGCCAAGAUUAA